GAUAACUUUAUUAUAAUGCUUUUAAUUUUAUUUUGGCAACUAGUUACAAAUCAGUGGUUCCUACCAGCUGUUAGAGGAGACAUCCCUCCAGGCUGUGCUGCCCAUGGAUUUGUCUGCGAUGGUACCAGAAUAUUAGUAUUUGGGGGAAUGGUUGAAUAUGGAAGAUACAGUAAUGAGUUAUAUGAGUUACAAGCAAGUCGUUGGUUAUGGAAAAAAGUGAAACCCCAUCCCCCUUCUUCUGGUUUACCUCCUUGUCCUAGGCUUGGACAUAGCUUUUCUUUAUAUGGUAACAAAUGCUAUUUGUUUGGUGGCCUGGCAAAUGAAAGUGAAGAUUCAAACAACAAUGUUCCCAGAUAUUUAAAUGAUUUUUAUGAGUUGGAGCUGCAGCAUGGUUCUGGUGUUGUGGGUUGGAGCAUUCCAGUGACUAAAGGGAUUGUGCCUUCUCCAAGAGAAUCCCACACAGCUGUUAUAUAUUGCAAAAAAGAUUCUGGGAGUCCUAAAAUGUAUGUCUUCGGUGGAAUGUGUGGUGCUCGCCUGGAUGACCUGUGGCAACUUGACUUAGAAACUAUGUCAUGGUCAAAACCAGAAACUAAAGGGACAGUGCCACUUCCACGAAGCCUUCACACAGCCAGCGUUAUAGGAAACAAGAUGUACAUUUUUGGUGGAUGGGUUCCACAUAAGGGGGAAAAUACUGAGACUUCACCUCAUGAUUGUGAAUGGAGAUGUACUAGUUCAUUUUCUUACCUAAAUCUGGAUACAGCAGAGUGGACCACCCUAGUAUCAGAUUCUCAGGAAGAUAAAAAAAAUUUAAGACCGAGACCAAGAGCCGGACACUGUGCUGUUGCAGUUGGCACUCGAUUGUAUUUUUGGAGUGGGAGAGAUGGCUACAAAAAAGCACUGAAUAGUCAAGUUUGCUGCAAGGAUCUUUGGUAUCUUGAUACUGAAAAACCACCAGCACCAUCACAAGUACAACUGAUCAAAGCCACUACCAACUCUUUUCAUGUCAAAUGGGAUGAAGUACCUACGGUUGAGGGUUAUCUUUUGCAGCUGAAUACAGACUUGCCGUACCAAGCUGUGUCAUCAGAUUCUUCAGCAGCACCAAAUAUGCAAGGAGUCAGGAUGGAUCCUCACAGACAAGGCAGUAAUAGCAUCGUUCCCAACAGCAUCAAUGAUACAACAAACAGUGCAAAAACUGAACAUAUAGCUGUGAAAGGAACUUCAGUGAAGAACAAACUGGAUCUCAAAGCAUCGACUGAUUCUAAUGCAGUUUUACAUUCGUGCUUGGCAACUAAUGUUUCUAAUCAUAAUAGUUGUGUGGUGGAUAUGCUAAGGAAAAUUGAAGGUCCUCACACUUCAGCAAAUAUAGGUGUUCUAAGUAGUUGCCUGGACUUAAGAACAGUAAUUCCUGAACCUUCUGUAUCCAGUACUGUUCCCAGCGCACAAACUAUGGUAACCCAGCAGACCAUUAAAACUGAAUCAUCCAGUACAAAUGGGGCAGUUGUUAAAGAUGAAACUUCACUAACAACAUUCAGUACCAAAUCUGAAGUUGAUGAUACGUGUGCACUCCCUGCAACCAAGAUCAGCCGUGUAGAGGCCCAUGCUGCAGCGAUGCCAUUUUCUAAAGAGACUCCUUCAAAUCCAGUGGCCACAAUGAAAGCAGGAGAACGACAGUGGUGUGAUGUAGGAAUUUUUAAAAAUAAUACAGCUUUGGUGAGCCAGUUUUAUUUGCUGCCAAAAGGGAAACAAAGCAUCUCAAAGAUAGGAAAUGCAGACGCACCUGACUACAGUUUACUUAAGAAACAAGAUCUUGUUCCAGGCACAGGAUACAGAUUCAGGGUUGCUGCUAUCAAUGGUUGUGGAAUAGGCCCUUUCAGCAAAAUCAGUGAAUUUAAAACUUGUAUUCCCGGUUUUCCUGGAGCUCCUUCUGCAGUCAGAAUUUCAAAGAAUGUCGAGGGUAUUCAUCUUUCCUGGGAACCUCCAACUUCACCUUCUGGAAAUAUUUUGGAAUACUCAGCCUACUUGGCGAUUCGCACAGCACAAAUACAAGAUAAUCCAAGUCAACUUGUAUUUAUGAGGAUUUAUUGUGGUCUUAAGACAUCCUGUAUAGUAACUGCGGGGCAACUUGCAAAUGCACAUAUUGAUUAUACAUCCAGACCUGCCAUUGUGUUCAGAAUAUCAGCAAAGAAUGAAAAGGGAUAUGGACCAGCUACACAAGUUCGAUGGCUUCAAGGUAACAAUAAAAAAGCACCUUUAAAUUGAUUUUUUUUUUACCGAAGCUAUUGUGAUUAUGAUUAUUUAUUAGUAACUGGUUAUGAAGAUUCAUCAUUUAAAAGAGUAUUGUUUGUAUUUCUAGCAGUCAUGAAUUUGAAUUUGUAAGUUCUUAAAAUGUAUUUGCUCAAUUCUAGAUCCAAAUAAAAAUAGAAAAGAAGCAAAAACUCUCUGAAACUUAGUAUAUGAAUUCUUCCUUAUAGUUCUUCUAUUAAGGAAAAUAGGAAAAUUAAGAUAAAAUGUAGAAGGCUUUAUUACCCCAGUAUCUUUUAUAAAGGCCAUGUAACUCAGUCAUCCUAGAGUUAUUAAGAUGAUUCUAGUAACUGGCUGCUGUACACUGUGCUGUCUAUAGUAAGUGUUCUCCACAUUGCAAAGGCCCUGGCUUUGAGUACUUACUCCCUCUACCUUUAUUCUGUGUGAGUAGUGGUCUUCUAACUACUAUCUUCCACUAGAUAAUAUUCGUGAUCCUAGUUUUAGCAGGCAUUUGAUUUCUUUGUUUACAAUUAGCACAGAGCUUAAGAAAUUAAAAAAGAACGAGGCAAGUUCAGAAACUCUGCUUUUGAAUUUUCAUUAUUUUCCAAGAAUCAUGGCAAAAUACAAAAAGAAUAAUGGAUUUCCUUGAUUCAUACCAGAGUGAUAUAUUGGAAUAUAUUUUUGGCCAAAGCACUUAACUUAUUUGGCCCUCAGUUUCCUCAUUAAUAGAUGAGGGAGUUAAAAGAUUUACCUUUAAGGUCCCUUUCAGCACUUAGAUUCUGUAUUUUCAUCAAAAGUGAAGUAUGUCCCUGAACAUUUCAACAUGUCUUAAUGGUCCUAACUUUGCUUUUGCUGAAAUUAAAGCAUUCAUUAUUUAACAUUCAAAAUUAAAAUGUAUGUCCCCCUUAAUGCAGAAAGAAAGAAGCACCUUAAAAGGACACAAAUUUUGAAAUAGUGUUUUAAACAUUUGUAAGAUUUUUGUAAAUGCUCUAAAUGUUUUAUUUUUGCAUUGUUUUUACCUCGAAAUUGUAUAAACUUUUUUACAACUAAAAUAUAAGCAUUAGAUAGCAUACUCAGGUUCCAUUACAACCUUAAAGAUGCAGAUAGGCUUUAUGGACACUCUGCUACAUGUAACCUGUUUUAAACCUUGUAGGAAUUUCAUGGUUCCACUGCCUAUUUAAAUCGGGAAUGGAUAUACAGAGCAAUAAUUGCAGAAAAGAUAUUUCAAACUAAGAGCUGCAGUAAAUGCAGGGGCACAGGUCUAUCUUUUUUAUACCUUGUAACCUUAUGCCAGUUUAGGUUGACUGAGUAGCUAUGUCCUCAAACUUCAUGUAUAAUACUCCCAGCAAAGAUGGAUUUAAUUGUUCAGAAUUGAUAUAUAUGUAUGUUCCAGUUACUAAUUUAAAGUGUAUAGAAUAUUUUAAUAUAUAAUUUUUGUAAAGAACUGGGAUUUUUAUACUACAGUAUUUGUAAUUAAUGUGUCUCACUAAUUAAUAUGCAAAUUGUUAGACACGUAAUGAGUGAUUUCCGAACUCUAAAGGUAAAAUAAAUGCACUACUAUGGUGUUGUUAGAAUACCUUUUUUUUGUGGCUGUAUGAAUCCUUAAUCUUUAAAUGUGUACUUUACAAACAAUGUUUACAAGGAGCUUCUCUGGUUUGUUAUCCCAGCACCUCCCUUGGUGAGAGCUUCAUUCUGCAUUUGUUUAACUCAUAUGCUUUGCUUUUGGCAUAUGCUUGCUUUUUGCACUAGUAGAAUUUUAACUUACCUCAUUAUUAUGUUUGUAAUCAUUUGUGUAGCUUCCAUAUGUCUGAUAUAGGCUAAAGUAAUACUUAACCAAAGUUAAAAUAAAUGGUAAGCAAUUUUGCACAUAUUAAAUGCUAGGGUUUGUUUUGUAUACGUGUGUGUUUAGUUAUAAAAAGUAAGAAUGGAAAGUUAUAGUAAGUAUAUGCUUCAAGCCCAAUUAUUUUAACGAUCAUUUGCUUUAUUAGAAAAACAUCUGGCUUUUAACAUCUUAUUCUCUGCAUUAAUGAGCAAUUUGUAUCUUAAAGCACUGCUCUUCAUGACAAGGAGUAAGUUGACUUUAAGCAAGGAAUAGAGUAUUUGUUUGAGCAUGCACAUUUAUACCUACUUAGUAUUUGAUUUAGUUUACUUUGCUUAAAUGCCUCUCCUGUUCUAGACCAGAUGGUGAAUAUGAACCUGUGGUUCUAACAUCUGUCUUGUUUUCUAGAGAGAAAGGCAGUCUUUCUCUACCAAGGGAUUUAUUAAAAUAACUAAUGUUUCUGCUUUGAGAAUUAGCCCAGAUUCUGUUAUCAUUUCUUGGCAUUUGUGCACUAAGUACUACUUACAUUUAUCUCUCUGAUAAGGGAUUGAUGACUAAAAGAUGCUAUUGAGAAAUCUCUGUGGCUUUGACAUUAAUAGUUAAUAAGAGAUCUUUGAGCUGUGAGUUCAUGACUAGAAUGGGUUGGGGUAAAUGAGAAGUGAAGUACAUUUGGCUCUUAAGAUUGGCACAUUUCUAAGUGAAGAUCCCUUCUGAGUAGUAGUGGGCUAUAUUUUGCAGAUAUCUUAAGAAGAUUUACACUGAGUUAAAUUACUUUCUUUACUCCUCUUAGCUGGAUAAGCAAUUCAGAUGUAGAAGUCUUUGUGCCACAGUCCUCUUCCUGGGCUCUGCAACUUUGGUUCACAUACGUAGCAGAAAGAUUUUGAUGUUGCAUGCUCUUAGAAUUGUUUUCCAAAGUAUCAUAUUGGCUUCAUUUUAGUUCAGGAAACUGUUUUGGCAAUUUAACUAGAGAUAGGGUAUUAUAAACUCAUUUUCAUAUGCAUUUUUUUAAAAAUGGAAAUACUCUGAUUACAUGUAUGAGCCCCCCUGCCCCAUAACCCAAUUACAUAAAUAUAGCCAUCUAUAAGAAGGGGAAAUUGCUGAUGCAUUAUUUCAAAGACUUGUAGACUAGCAAAGAUUGGCUCCGGUUAGAGAUAUGGUCUACUAUAACUGAAGAUAUUUUUAUUUUAAAAAAUUGCAGCACUUGUAGCAUAAAAUCAUUUGUAACAUUGAAUAUGAAAGAGAUUAUUAGCAUUUAAAAUUACGGCAGUCAUCUGGUCAUAAAUGAAGUAGGUUGCAAAACAGACUUGGUCUUUGACCAUUUAAGAUAUAACUGACAGUUGUGUUUUCCAAGACUGCUUUUAGGCAGUUUUAUGUAUUGUGUACCAAUGAUAUGUAAAAUAAAGCACCUUUUUCUGCUAUAACCAA